AUGAAUAAUGACAUUCUGGAGUGUAAGAGAAGAGCGCAAGAGCUAGUUGCAUCGAAUAGCACGCCUUUGAAUCGAAAUGGCAGAAAGAAAGGCUACAUUGAAGUCAUGAAACAGCUUUUGGAAGAGAAGGGAUAUGGACAUCUUGCUCUUAAAGGUCAGAAUUUACGUGAUCAAGCAUCAAGGCUGGAGAAAUGUCAAGAGGGUUUGGCCGAUGAGCGCUGUGUGAACGGUGCAAUAGUGAUAACUAUAGAUGAGUCUAUUUUAUCAAGUGGAAAUAGUGAUAUGGUAUUUGUUGAAGGAAACAGAAAUAUUGAGAGCGAAAAUAAUUCUGGCCUUGAGAGAGAAGGUGCUAAUCAAGCGACGUCAAAUUUACAUAUGUCCACAGUGCAACUCCUGGAGGAGCUGCAGUCUGAUCAAUCGAAGCGUGAAAGGUCUGACGAGGUGCUGGGAUCACUGCCUGAAUGCAAUACGCUUCACACGCCAUCUUCAUUUGUCUGGGGCCAAUACAAUGAAGGAAGAUCAAUAAUUGUUAACGUGUCGACUAUUGAGAAUGCCUAUGAUGAAAUAUCCAAAUGGCAUAAAAACACAUUUUUAGUCCCUUUCGGAAAAACGGGAAAAGAAUUCAUCGACACAUUGAGAGAACUAAGUAAUAAAUGGAAGAAUGGUUCAGAAAUGGAAUUCAUUACUCUUAAAGUCGCUAUUGCUCUCCUUGCGCUUUGUCUACAAAAGCCCGGUCCUAAAUCAAAAUCAAAAGAUCACCAGGAUUGUUUGGCAAAGCUUCUUGUCUUAUGGAAGAAAGGCAAGGUUGAUACUAUCCUCCGUGAAGGGCGCAUGAUACAGAGGUGUCUUGGAAACUCCUGUAGGGCGACAGAUCCUCCAAAUAGGGAAAAGAUUUUUGCAAAUCUUGUGAUGACAGGACAAGUCAAUUCGACAUUACGAUAUCUAAGCAAUGAUCAAGGUAGAGGGAUCUUACCCCUUUCUGAUGACGUCAUGGGGCAGUUGAAGGAAAAACAUCCAGAGCCACAGGGUGUCCAAUUAGGGUCUCUCCUGUUUGGCCCUACUAAGGACGUUCCUGACACUCUGUACUAUGAGAUCAAUGGUCAGGGACGCCACUCUAAGAACUAA